AUGCCAAGAUUCCUCGUAUACGCUCCAGACUACCCCGACCAUCUCGCUCAGCGAUACGCUGUCCGACCUGAGCAUCUCGAGAGGGGUUCGAAAGAUCCCAAGGGGAUGAUGCUCUACAGCGGUCCUUUAGCUCCCAGACCUGGAACCGCACAACGAAAUACGACUCCUCCAGAGGGUCAACUGAACAUCGCGGGAAGUUUCAUGGUAUACCAGAUGAACUCUCUCGAAGAAGUCUGGGAUAGGUUGAAGGAAGAUGUAUAUUGGAGAGCGAAUAUCUGGGAUAAGGAGAAGCUUAUAGUCGAAGAGUUACUAGACGUAUGA